CACGACCGUGACUCUAUAUAGCGAGCUGCAUGAAAUCACGAAUCUGAGCACGCACGUACGUUGUAUGCGGAGCUUUCACUUCUCCAGCGCCUCACUACCCGACUCAACAGUGGUCUCUGCAUCUCUCACCCCUACUCCUCAAACAAGUUCAGCGACCUUUCUCAAACACCUUGCAGCUGCGCGUGACCAGACCGCCAGCACGUCAGACGAGCAAAGUCUAUUACAAACGUCUACAGUCCAGAGGGGUUCCAACAACGUAUACAAUUUCUCGCUCCUACGUCUCAGCUCGAGCAGGAGCGCAUUAGAAAGCUUCGAGAGUCAGCCUAGGUGGAUCGGGUCGAGGCGUGGCACUGCCUCUUGGGCACCGGACGACUCCUUAGCUCAUCUCACGCACGACUACAGGCAAUCAGCGGGUUUGGAAGACCUUUGUCAAACAUGCCAUCAUGGUUACCCGGAAGCGGAUCCAAUCCGCCCCCGUCCACUCAGCCUAGCACGAUGGGCGGCGGAUCAGGCAAUUGGAUGAACAUGGACAACAUGCGAUAUGCUCAGGGAGAACUUACUGGCGAGAAUGAUGCUUUCAAAGGAUUGGGCUUGGAACUCACGCGGCAACAGAGGAUCAUGGGUUUUGUGGGCUGUUUGGUGGGAGGUUUUGCCUUGUCCAUCGUAGGCAGCGUCCUGUUGUUCUUUGGAUCAACUGUCCUCUUUGCGAUUCUGUAUUCGAUCGGCGUCAUCGUAUCAUUGGUUGGCACCGGUUUCCUGGUGGGAUUCAAAAGGCAGCUCAAAGCGAUGUUUGAUCCAGUUCGGAUCGUCGCGACCUUGAUUCUGGUUGCCGCCUUUGUCAUGGUCUGGGUCGCGGCUUUUGCCAUCGGGAUCGACGCUUUGGUCCUGGUCUUCGUCGUCAUUCUCUACCUAGCGUACAUUUGGUACUCACUAUCUUAUAUCCCGUACGCUAGGAGCCUCGUCUCCAACAUGUUUAGCAAGAUAUUCUGACCGCGAGCGGGAAGAAUGGUUUCCUUGUUCGCGCUGCGUCAGAGCGAGGCUAAAUUUUUUUGCAAGAAACAGCUUCGAAGGCGAUGAGAUGCAAAUGUAACAAUAUCAGGUGCGACCGAGAAACUCUCACGUCUUGGGAAAAUAUGCUAUUGCACAAACAAGAGGAUAGAGUACAAAGGGCAUCCAGCGCUACCCCAAGAGGUGAUUCGAUCAGAGCGAGGACCACGUCGGGAAAUGUCCAAUGACAAAGCCAGGUUGAUGAUCACAGACGCUUGCCUGUCAGGCCGACGUUGCUGUCCAUUUGCUCUGCUCCUUCAAGAGUCGCAUUGCCUCGUCCGUGUCGUAUACGCUGUACCAUCCAGGAGCUGCGCACACGCAGAGGC